GGCAAAAGCUCCAAGUCAUGUUAUCCAUUCCUCUGCUCAUCUACUCAUUCUACUGAUACAUACUGGAGAGAAUGGGAAUAGCCCUUCUCUCAGCCCAAGCACCUCAUCCCAUCCCACUCUCUCAAUUCCAUUACACCAACACCACCAAGUCAUGGAGGACCUUCUCUCAGACCUACCCAACAGCAUCCAAGUCUACCAUACUUCUCUGCUCAAUCUCCUCAUCCUCAGUUGUAGAAGACACUACUCCCCCACCCGAUGAUUCACUUCCUGCCAAAUCAGAAUCCUCCACCAAAGAGCUUCCCCUCAGUGCUUGCAAGUCAUGUGGAAGAGAAGAAGUGGAGAAGGGAUGCAAUGGUGAAGGAAGGAUUCAAGGUGGAAUUGCAACAUUUCCAGGAUUUGGUUGGUGGCCAAUAAAGGCUUACAGGCCAUGUCCUGGAUUUUUAGAAUCAGGCGGCCGCUAUAGGCGACAAGGACAAAGCCUAGAUGAGGUUGCCUUUGGAAGAGGGGGGGGGGGGGAGAGGAGAUAAGUAGCAUUAAGGUCCAUUUAUAGGUAAAUUGUAAAUCUCCAUGACAGAUACAUAGCUUGUUUGCCUCAAUUCCUCUUGAGAUUCACUUUCCUAGUCUACGUACACUUAAAAGCUUGAAUUCUUGAGUGUUUCUACUUGAAUACAACUCAUAAGUGGAGCAUACGUACAGAA